GGAAAACAACGUUACCUGGAGUGGCCAAUGGAGCCAACAACCCUGGGAUCCGGGUGAUUGAUUACGAUCCAGACACCCUUCAAGUAAAGAUGUCUCUGCGCUCUGAAAAUGGGCUGGAGAGUGUGCUGGGCAAAGGCCACAUCGGAGCAGGAGCAAAGCCACAUGGCCUUCCUUUCCCAUGACAUCAGCAUGUUGCGUCUGUUUGAGACUUUCUUGGAGAACGCCCCACAGCUCACCCUGCUCCUCUAUGUCAUCCUGCGGGCAAACAAGGCAGAGCCUUCCCAAGGAGUGGGGAUCUGCACUGCCGUCCUGUGUGUGACCUGGUCCCUGCUGGACUAUCACCAGUCCCUGCGCUCCUUUUUGCAGGACAAGUACGAGUUGAGCCUGUGUUCAUCCUUCAUCUACUUCCUGUGGAACCUUUUCCUCAUCUGCCCCCGCAUCCUUGCGGUUGCCCUCUUUGCCUUGCUCUGGCCAUAUGGUGUUGUCAUUCACUUCCCACUUGUGUGGCUGGCCAUGUUCUUCUGGGUGAACAUGCAGGGCACAGACUUCAUGGAGUCACCUGGCCCUGAGCAGCUCUACAGAGCCAUGGUGGCCGUGAUCCUCUAUUUCAGCUGGUUCAACGUAGCAAAGGGGAGAACGCUGUACCGCAGUAUCAUCUAUCACAGCUUUAUCCUGGUGGACAGCAUUCUGCUGGCUGUGUCCUGGCUCUGGUGCCUUUCCCCCUCCGAUGAGUACUUGUACCUCAUCCCAGUGGUUUCUGCUGCCCUGCCCUGCUAUGUUUUGGGGCUUGUGUUGAGACUCAUCUACUACAAGUGGCUGCAUCCCAAUGUGCGGGUCCAGCAGCAGAGUGGGUAUGACGAAGUGGAUGUCAGUGGAAGGACCGAUGGACUGGAGUUUCGUGCUGCCUCAGCACCAGCUGUUGUGAACAGGCGAAUGCAGUGGCUGGCCCAGACCCAGUUUGCAAUCUCUUUGCAGGGAGAGCAGAGCUUGCUGAAUGGAACUGCUGCUGCUGACACUGCUGUCUGAAUCUAGGUACUUCAGGUGCACAGGGAAGAGCUGUGUUUCACUGAAGUUGUUUAAUGUGCUGGGGAGGUGUGUUUGCAAGUCCUGGCCCCCAAGUUGUCUGCUUAGUGCCUUGGGCUGCUGUGUUUGAGCAGCUCAGUGCCAUGUAUCCUGACAUAGUGGUGGGAGGUUGGAGGGGGCCAGGUAAAAAGCUUGGAUGACUUGCAGAUGCCCAGUGUGUCCCACCACCCACAGCACGGUUCUUGCUGCUGUGCAGCAUGGAAGAUCCAGUUGUUAAUGACGGACUCAGCAUAUUGUGAAGCACAAUCAUGUCACCCUCUCCCAUUAUUUAUUA